CAGUAACGUGAACUGACACACGCAGAAGAAGAAGCGCGACCGCCUGCGUCAGAUUUGAACGACGCUCAUGGACGGAAACGCGGUUCGUCGGUAAACUGGAGGAUAAUUUGAGUUUCUGUCAGCGGCGGGUGUGAAAGAGCUUCACUGGGGGGGGGACCUGGAUGUUUCUGCGGGACUCGUGUUAAAAUGUCCCGGGUUGCUUGCGUCUGUGCUCGGGAGCUAAGUCCGUUAGCUCGUCGCUAGCUAGCCCGCUCGCGCUAACUCUCAUGGUUGCUUGUGUCUCUGGAGGUUUUCCAGUCCGGAGGAACCGCUGAGGCAGCUCGGAGGGGCCGGGACUUAGACGAGAGGAAACGCGAGGCUCCUCCAUGGCUGCUCCCACCCUGCAGCCGCCCAGUUUCCUACUGGCAAACCUCAAAGCCGAUGCGACCACCAAACCUCUGCUCCAGCGAUGCCAAGACCUGGUGAAGAUCAUUGAUGAAUAUCCCGCAAAGGAGCUGCACCUGAUAUUCCCCUGGCUGGUGGAGUGUGUGUUUGGGACCCUGGACGGCAUCAUCGCCGGCUGGAACCUGCGACUCCUGCACUCGAGAAGCAACGAGUACCACAUUGUUAUGGAUUUUCUAAACCCCAGUGGGCCGAUGAUGAAACUUGUGUACAAACUUCAAGCAGAAGAGUACAAAUAUGAAAUACCCGUCAAUUAUCUCCCGGGUCCUGUGAAGGCCUGUAUCCAGGAAGGAGUCCUCCCCGACUGUCCACUGUUUCACAACAAGCUGCAGUUCCCCCUGUCCGGUCUGCUGAGCCUGAACCUCGCCCUCAAUCCCUUUGAAUUUUUCAUGUUUAACUUUGCCUACUGUCUCAUCGCGCCAAAGAGCUACCCUCAAGGCCAACAUGGAAGCUCCACAGACAGUGCCUACUUCGUGCUGGUGGACACUUACCUGAAAUAUUUCCUCCCCAGUGAAGGAACGGUGCCUCCGUCUCCUUUCUCCGACUCCAGAGGUUCUGUCACUGCACCUUCACCAAGAUCUUCCAGCGUUUCCUUCGCUGGUUAUGGCGUCCACAGCCCCAGUCUCCUGAAACAUCACAUAUUCCAUCAGCCCUCAGUGAACGCAGAGCCCUCAGCUCAGGAAAUCUGGAGGUCAGAGACACUGUUACAGAUGUUUGUAGAGGUCUGGCUUCAUCACUACUCAUUGGAGAUGUACCAGAAGCUUCAGUCUCCUCAGGUUAAGCUGGCCCUGCUGCAGUACCGCCUCAGUAUGUCCAGCAUGCCGUGCCAACCCCACGCCCCACCAGGCUCUGGGACCCUCCACACCUACCAAGUACUUUUACCUUUUCAUUCGUCCCCGCCCCUCUGGGGCCCCCUGGAGGAGCCCUUCACCCCGACAGAGGAGCACGUGCUGGUGGUGCGUCUCCUGGUGAAACAUCUGCACGCCUUCUCCAACAGCCUGAAGCCCGAGCAGCUGUCGUCUUCGCCCUCGGUCCACUCGCACACUCACACCAGCCCGCUGGAGGAGUUCAAGAGAGUGGUGGUGCAGCGUUUUGUUCAACAGAAACUCUACCUGUUUCUUCAGCACUGCUUCGGUCACUGGCCUCUGGACGCCUCUUUCAGAGCCGUGCUGGAGACGUGGCUGAGCUACAUUCAGCCUUGGAGAUACACCGGGGAGAAGAUCAAUCCUCAGCCGGACCAAAACAGAACAGUACCUGACAAAUGGGAGUCGUUUGCUCAGGAGAACCUGCUCAUGUACACGAAGCUCUUCCAGGUCUUUCUGAACAGAACCGUGAGGACGGAUCUGGUCAACGCCAAAAACGCACUGAUGGUUUUCAGGGUCGCCAAAGUCUUCGCUCAGCCAAACCUUGCAGAGAUGAUCCAGAAAGGUGAGCAGCUGUUUCUGGAGCCUGAGCAUGUCCUCCACCACCGUCAGCCCCGCGGCUACCUGACGCCGAGCCAGGGCGGCAGCUACCUGUCGUCACGGCAGAAGGUGGUGACGGACAUGGUGUUCAGGGUGAAGAGCCACGUCUAUUCCUUGGAAGGUCAGGACUGUCAGUACAAACAGAUGUUUGGCACCGAGCUCAGAGGAGCAGUCAUGAAGUUGAUCCAGAUGAUUGCACAAGCCAGACAGACGGCCAAGAGGAUAUCGGAUCACUCCAACGAGGUGGCAGCCAGUUCCUCCUUCCUGUCCUGGUUUGGUUUGAGCUCCUCUGACCACAACAACACUUUCUCUGGAGCCGAGUCAGAGGAGAGCGGCGAGUGUCUGAAAAAGACCCACGAGUUCCUGGAUAGAGCUCUGGAGAACCUGUGUCUGAUCUUCAAGCUGAACCAGGGGCAGCUGACUCAGCUCAUUUCAAACCUGGGUUCUUCUCAGGAUGACGGCAACUGCAAGCAGCUGCCAGACUGCAUCCAGGGAGAGAACGGACUCAUCCUCACUGACCUCGGUCGGAGGCAGAUCAUAAAUGGACUGCGCAGGUUUGACCUUCAGUACCAAGGCGACCCGGAGCUGCAGCCCAUCAGGAGCUAUGAGAACGCCCUGCUGGUCAGGCUGUUCUACAGGAUCUCCUCUCUGCUCAAUGACCGGUUCGGAGGACACAUGAGUGCGCUCUGCUCACGGCCGGACUUCCUGGGCCGCCUUGGUUGUCACUACCUGACGAUUCCCGAUUCUACCACAAAGACAAACCAGAGCCCGGUGUCUCGUCUGACGCUGGAGAGGAACCGUCCGCCGAGGCUGAGCCUGCGCCCCCUGGCCAGCUACAGGACGAUUCUGCUGCUGUUGCUCCUCUAUGUGUUCGGAGCGCUCCUGUCAUUUGGGCCCGUGUCCAGCACGCUAAUCAUCCUUGCGGGGGGCUUCCUGUACGGACUCUUCAUGACGUUGUUUGGAGACAAACUGAAAACGCACUGAGACCAGGAGUUUCUACACAUCUGAAGAAAACACACACACUUGACAAUUUCGAUCAACGCCAUCUUGUAAUGGUUGUAAAACAUGUGUGAGAACUAAUGAACUAAGUGUUGACUGGUCCUGUUUGUGCGUCAUCGAUUAAUCAGCCAGUUGUUUACUUAACUCAUCGUUUGACCUGUAUAUUCAGAAAACCUUCUACACUUUCCUAAAGCCAAACUAAAGUCUUCAAAGUUUUCAUUUGACCCAACAUCAGUUUCAGACCAAGACUGUAAAUACAGAUGGACGACACGUCUCCACUUCCUGCCACUAUCCAGAAAUGAAGCCAAAUAUUUCUGAUAGGAACGCUGCCAUUUUGUGCCGAUGACAUUCUGCAGUAGUGACUGUUGGACGGAGCCUCCAAAGUGAGGUCCCGCCGAAAAAUCACUAGUCUCAGCUGUCAAUCAUGACGUCUCAGGCCGUUUUUAUAUCAUCAAAAAUGUAUAAAAACCAAACUGAUCAGAAACAUGAACACUUUAUUUAACGUCUACUUUGAUUUUUUUUUUUUUAAGUCCCAUGUCAUAACAUGGUGGAGGCAGGGUUUAUGACCUACUGCAGCUAGCCACCAGGGGGAGACUCUACUUUAGGGCAGCGUCAUGUCGUCCAUCGUUAUUCACAGUCUACAGUUAAAACCCAAAAUAUUCAAUUCACGGUAAAGUAAAAACGAUAUGAAGCAAGGUUUUAUAUUUGAGAAUCUUGAAAAAGAAAAUGUCUUUUUUGUAUUUACGGAAAAUAAAACGAUCAAUGGGUUUUCAAUUCAGUUGGUGAUGAAGGUUAUUUUUGUCACAGAGGAAAUUUACGAUGUUAGUCUGUUAAAUAACAGUUGAUCAGGAUGUGUAGGAAUUCCUGUUGCAAUGAAUGGCAACGUUUUUAUUUUGGCUUUUCACCGUUUUUUAAAAUGUGUAAAGAGAGAACUUUGCACUCAAACACAGCGUCACCUCCCGGCUUUAUCUUUUCCAACAUGCAUCUGAAAACAGGGGCAGUUCUCAACAUUUGAAGAUUGAUUCGACUUCACUGUUUUUCUCCGUGAAAGCAAAAUACCUUUUGUCCAAAAGGCUCAAUAAACUGUUUGCACUUGU